AUCGGUAUGUCCCAGGGCUGCAGAAAACAGUCGAUAGUAAGCAACAUACGAUCGAUAGUUCUAUCGACGAUUUUCCAGCCCUACUGGGUGACCGGUUGCAAAAGAAAACGCGGAUUUAUUUUUUAGUUUUCAUUUUAUCUGUGUUUUUAAAUAAGUUAACCCUAGUGUUCCCAAGCCAAACGACUUACAUUGUGUCAUCAGAAAUGCAGUUUCCCGCAAAGUUCCAUUCAAACUGAGCGUUUAUCAAGCGCCCCAACGUAAACACGUGAAGUACCAAAGCAAGAGGGAGGAGGAGGAGGCGCCAUGGCCAUGAUGACAGAGAACCUACAAUUCCCCGAGAUCAACAUAGAUCAACUGCUGGGUCCGUGCGCUCACGAAGGAGUUUUCCUGGCGCCGCCGUAUCGGCACUCGUCGAUACCUCAACCAAACGCUCAGUCCAGGCGUCGCCGUCUGUCCGAGCGGAUUUGUGACAACGAUGAGCUGAUACGUAAGCUGAAGCAGCUUCAGUGCCACAAUCAACAACUGACCGACACGCAGCGGACAGCCAAGGAGGUGACGGAUAUGUACACGAAGGAGAAGCAGCAGAGGAUUGAGCUGGAGAAGCAGUGCCAAGAACUGGGAGACCGCUUUAGCGAGCUGGAAAUAAAACUGGAUGCCCAAGUCACCAACUGUGAGAAUCUGGAGGAGGAGCUGAAGCUCAGGGCCCUGCCUAUGGAUGCCAAAGACCUGGUCGAGGCGUACAUGCAACUCGCACACAGAGUUGGCGACGAUGCCGGGCUCUCGCGACGUGAGCAGAAUAUAAUGAGAAAAGUCCGAGAGUACUGCAAGUCGGAAAAGAUUGCAGUGCCAGAGCCAAAGAGUCCGAAUCCGAACCCAAACCCAAAAGCAAAGCGGAAAGGCAACCAAACAGCAUGUAAAACGCAGUCCACGCAGACUCCGACCAAGCCAGCGACCAUUACGAGCUGCAUUGGGGUGCAAGUGACGAAUCGGGUGGAGAUGCGCAACCAGGGAACGCAGCAUGCCACGGCAGAACCUAAGCCCGCGCCGCAAGCUGCGUUAAAAACGCAAGCCUCGCAGACUUCGACCACGACAGCCACGACCAGUACAAGCUGCAUUGGGGUGCAAGUGAUGAAUCUGGUGGCGACUCGCAACCAGGGAACGCAGCAUAAGAAUACCACAACCACAAGAAGCACCACCACGGCCUCCUUCAUCAAGUACCGCGAUGUAGGCACUUGCUUUCCAGAGCCAAAACCACCGCCGAAUGUGCGACAAAUCCUCGAUGAGAUGUUAUCCUGGCAUAGCCACGAUGUCGUCAAGCCCCUCAGCCCCAUAAUGGAACCUCUGCUUAUGGUGGAGGAAGAAAUCUUACCCAAGACAUCCACCAUGGACGUCGGCACCUGCACCAUGCUGUGCAAUGUGCACCGAGAGAUCGACUUCAUGCCGGAGAUGCCGUCCCAGCUGAAGGUCUCUACAUCUCGGCCCCCCUCGCGCACCAUGCUCGAGAGUGUGAAGGAUGAGGGCCUGGCGGGCAGCGGCAGCGUGCCGGCUGGCAACAACAAGGAGUUUGCCAGGGAGAUUCUCAACUUUCUACCUCAAAACCAAAGCUGCCUCGCCAACCUGCCGCCCCAGGCCUUCGACGAGCUGUGGCAAGUUAUUGGCCAAAUGGUUCUCUGUCUGCUGCACAGGCGAUCGAACCCCACACAGUCACCGCCGCCCAGCAUCAAUCAAAUGGACUUUACCAGCUGGCUCUACGCCCUUUAUGAGGGCACACUGACCCAUCCGGUGGUUGAGAAGCAGCUGCAGCCCGAGCACGCCUCCAGCAAAAAAGAUAACUACGAGUCGGGCACAGAGGUGGGCACCGAUCCCAUUGACAUCAUUACAGAGUCGCCCAACAUUAGCAUCGAAGGAGAGCUCACGCCGAUCCAUCUGCCACCAAAGCAACCGCGGCCACCGAAAGAACGAAAGCGAAAGUCAAGAAAACGCAAAGCAGCCUCCAUUCUGAAGCCAAUGCCCAAGCGUAAACUUGUGGAACUACCCUCGAUCGAAGCACCAGCCCAAGUGCCCAUGGAAGCAAUGGAAGUGCGCCAGGAAGUGGAGUGCCCAGCAUCAGAGACGGCAAUUCAAUUCAUAAGCAAUCUAAACACCUUCAACAUGUCUUACUGUGAUAAUCUAGACUUUGAAUUGGACUCGGAGGAGCGCUAUUUGCUUCACCUGACUACCAAUGGUUCUGGCAUGCGAGAGGCAGAACAAAGAGGCUGCGAAACAGAGCAGAAUGUGCAACUCUCUGAGGAUAAUUCUGAUAAGGAAACCUUUCUGAAACCGAAGCCGCGGCCACCUAAACUCAAUGAGGAAGUUGUCUCGAGCGACACGGAAUCGUUGCCAAGUCCUCAUGUCUACAGAGAUGAAGAUACGUUUCUGAAACAGCAAACCGAACUCCAUGACAAAGAUGAGGCUGCCACGAGCGACACAGAUUCGUUGCCAAAAAAUCAAGUCUGCAGCGAUGAAGAUACGUUUCUGAAACAGCAAACCGAACUCCAUGAAAAAGAGGAGGUUGCUACCAGCGACACAGAUUCGUUGCCAGCGGAAUGUAGUCCACAAUUCUUCACAGGGAACUGUGGCAAGAAUAUGCCAUCUUUCACAGAUGACGAAGAGGCAGAACCACCAACUCCAGUGCACACGAAUUUCAAUUUGGAGCUGUUUGGCAGCGAAUCUGAUCCUGAGGCUGAUACGAGCGAGGAGCAGCGGCCUUGGGAUUCGCUGAAUUUCGGAUGUAGCAGCAAUGAGGAGUCGGAAGAUGAACCGCAUCUAGUUAUAGAGGAAGAAAACUCCUCGCCGAUCGCGCAAUCCCCACCACGAUCGGCCUUUAGUCCGCUCAAAAGGGAGGAAAGAGCAUUCGAGUUGCCGCAAACAGCAGUUCGUUUAACACGUUUAAGAGCCAAACAGUUGCAAAUUGAACAGAAUAGCCUAAAGGAGCAACUGUCUAAGGAUAUUGAUACAAAAGUAGAGCCGACGCCGACACAGUAUGAUGAAAGGAGAGCAGAGAGAAAAGAGACGAAGAAAAUUGACCAUUUCUUGGAGUCCCCAGCCUCACCCACUUCCCAGGAGUCAAACGAGAGCGACAGUCCACCCAUUGAGAUACCAUUGGAGCUAUCAGGAUGCCCAAGUGGCGACGUGGAACCCAAGGCUAUCCUUAUUCAUGUGGUGGAGGCGCCCAAGGCUAAAAUCAAGUGUUCACCGCAUCUCAACCAGCCGCAGCUUGAUAGGCUUUGCUCCACAAUAGAAAGACAUCUCAUGGACACCAUGCAACUGGACUCCACAUGCAGCGACUUCUCCAAGGAAGUAUUUAAGGUAACGCGGGAUGUGGCUGUGAUUGUCACAAUGAUGACUCGAGCCUUCUGCCAGUUAAGCUACGAUUGGAAGGAGUCCCAGCCAAACGACCCGCUGGAUCGAUUGCUAAGUGCCCUGAGAUACUUUGAAUUGUUCAGAGCUCAGGGCCAACCCUCGUAUAUCCAGAGCUUGCUGUGUGCUCUGGAGAAGCGCCUCUUCAGGCUGACCAAGGAGCGAGUCCAGUUGGACUGGGCCCUAACGUGUGUGAAGCUCUACCUGCAGGUGGUGCGACUGCAGCUGAGCCAUUCGAAUCCGGAAACCUACGAGAACCCGUCACGUCUGCUGCUAGCCAAAAUAUUGUAUCACUACAACCCGGAUGUGCCUCAGCUGGCGUACGAGGUGCUGUGCUGUCAUCCCACGGUGUUGCCGCACCGCGAGGAGCGGGAGUACAACAACUCCGAUCCCCUGAUCACUGUGAUCAAGCACCUGCUGAUGAGUCGGCAGUACGACGUGACUGAGCCCAAUGGAUACGGACGUUUGCUGCUCUCCAAGCUGCGCUUCGAGUAUCACUUCCAGCCCUUCGAGCCCACCAGCGAACAGGUGCUGGAGAAUCUGGUGAACAAGCUGAAGGUAGGCCACCUGGAGCAGCUGAGCUAUGCCUUUGCCCUGUUCUGCCGUCGCAGCACGAGAGUGGAUGUGCUGAACAAUGUGCUCGGCCAGCACCUGGUGCCGCUCGCCUCUAGCUACUGUGAUCUAAGUGCACACUCCGAUGCGUACGAUGUCCGACUCGCGGGCAUACUGCAGUGCAUAUCGGUGGUUGUGAAACCGCUGCCAAUGGAGACCGACAUCUCCGGCUUUAUGGGUCUGUUCAAGCGCCUGCUCGUGGCAGUGCCACGGCCCGCUGUGCAGGAGGCAGCCGUUCAGGCCAUCUUGAGGCUGCAGCGCUUCGGCUUCAAGCACGCACUCGAUGCACUGCAGAGCUACAAACCUAGCUACCAACUGGCGCCACUGACGCGGGCCAUGCUGCGCAGCUUUGUGCAGCGCCGGAGAGUCUUCCAUUUCCAGAUGAAGAAUGCACACACGCAGCCAGCGCAACAGGGAGCGGGUAAACGAGAUUGAUUCUUUUAUAUGAAUUGCAACUAU